GAGCAUGAUCUCUGUCGGCUCCGCACAUCUUUUGACAAACAAUCGUCAAUAUUUCCACCUAAACAUUCGUCAUUUUCCUCAACUAAUCCCUGUUUAAAAACUACUGUACUAACAAAAAAACAACUGGCAUUCUUGUAAAUCAAGCCUCUUCCUAUGGUCUCUUUCCUUUACUCACUGAACACUCCACUCCAGAUCUCUCUUCUUCUACUACUCGACACCAUUUCUCUCUUCCCCUGUCCCUCUCUCUCUCUCUCUCUCUCUCUCUCUCUCUCUCUCUCUACCCUAUCUGCUCUCUCUCUCCACCGCCAUGCAGCUACCGACGGUGGCCACCGGGACAACAGUCCUCUCUCUCCUCCUCAUUCUCCUCUCACUCUCUCUCCCCCCCACCUCGUCAGCCCACAACAUUACAAAAAUCCUGGAGAAAUUCCCUGACUUCUCCACCUUCAACCACUACCUCACCGCCACCCACCUGGCGCCGGAGAUCAACAGCCGCGAGACCAUCACCGUCUGCGCCGUCGACAACGCCGCCAUGUCGGAUCUGCUCGCCAAGCACCCCUCGAUCUACACCAUCAAGAACGUGCUGUCCUUCCACGUGCUGCUGGACUACUUCGGGGCCAAGAAGCUUCACCAGAUCACCAACGGGACGGCUCUCGCCGCCACCAUGUUCCAGGCCACCGGGACCGCGAGCGGGUCGUCCGGGUUUGUGAAUAUUACGGAUCUUAAGGGAGGGAAGGUCGGGUUCGGAGCGGAGGAUAAUGGUGGGAAUGUUGAUGCUGUCUUUGUCAAGUCCUUGGAUGAGAUACCGUACAACGUCUCGGUGAUCCAGAUCAGCAAGAUCUUAGCUUCGAGUGACGCGGCAGCGCCGACACCCGGCCCGAGCCAGAUGAAUCUGACCUCUAUAAUGUCGGCUCAUGGCUGCAAAGUCUUCGCCGAGACUCUGCUAGGCUCCGACGCCGAGAAAACGUACGACGACAAUAUCGACGGCGGAUUGACAGUGUUCUGCCCCGGCGACGACGCCUUCAAAAACUUCUUGCCCAAGUACAAGAACCUAACGGCGUCAGGGAAGCAGGAUCUGUUAGAGUUUCACGCCGCUCCGGUGUACCAAUCGAUGGCAAUGUUAAAAUCCAACAACGGUCUGAUGAACACUCUGGCCACCGACGGAGCCAACAAGUACGAUUUCACGGUACAGAACGACGGCGAGGUAGUGACGUUGAAGACAAAGCUCGUGACGGCAAAGAUAACAGGGACGGUAAUCGACGAACAGCCGGUGGCGAUUUUCUCGAUCGAUAAAGUUCUGUUGCCGAGGGAGCUCUUCAAGGGUCUGGCGCCGACUCCCGCUCCGGCGCCGGCGCCGGAUACAGUGGCUGAUGCGCCGAAGCCGGCAAAGAAGGGGAAGCACCUGUCGCCGCCCGCGGCAGAUUCCCCGGCGGAUUCGCCCGACGGAGACGCGGCUGAUCAGACUGCGGAUAGCAGCGGUGCCGUUAGAUUUAACGGCCCGAGAUUUAUUGCGGUGGGGUUGGGUCUGUGCUUGGGUUUACUACUACAGCUGUGAGUUUCUGGAUUGGGAAUUUUUUUUUUUUUUACUUUUUUUUAUUAGUAGAGAAAUAAGUACUGCCUUUUACGGCUAUUUGUUUUCAUGGUAUAUUCCUAUUUAUUUUUUCUUUUAUUGGUUUUUCUGUGUGGCUCUCUUUUCUUUCUUUUUUCUUUUCAAAACUUUUGUGGUGUACGAUUGUGAUUUGUGAAAUGAUUGAACUAAGUUAAGGGA